GGCGGGGUGUGGGCGGGGUAAGAUGGCGGCGGGGGGCGCGGCGGAUGCUCAGGCGCGCUUUGGCCACUCGGUGAAGGGGCUCCUGACCGAGAAGGUGACGAGCUGCGGCACCGACGUGAUCGCUCUCACUAAGCAGGUGCUGAAGGGCUCCCGUAGCGCCGAGCUCCUGGGUCAAGCUGCGAGAAACAUGGUGAUGCAAGAAGAUGCCAUCUUGCACUCGGAAGAUAGUUUAAGAAAAAUGGCCAUAAUAACUACUCAUCUACAGUACCAGCAAGAAGCAAUUCAAAAGAACGUGGAGCGCUCGUCAAACCUUCAGGACCAGCUGAGUCACUUGCUGAAAUGAAGGGGAGCUGAAGGCUUGAGGAAAUCUCGACCAGCACUGAGGGAGUGAAGUGUUCUCCCCCUGCCAGCCCCUGGGGCUCAGAACUAUGUCUGGAUGAAGCUGGAUGUCAGCUGGGAUAUGUGCAGAGUCCAUGCUUCUGGGCACGUGGCCCCCUCACGUGUGCCUGCAUCCACACCUCUGCUCCAGAAUGCUCACCUGCACACCUGCACCUGGCUGAAACAAACUUCCCUGAAACUUUGCUCUUCCCAAUAAUUCCUGUGUCUGCUUACUUCCCAUGUCGCGUGAAGUGCUCAGCCCACCCCAGCACCCUUGGCAAGAAAUGCAGAGUUGAGGCAUGGCAUUUAAAUGCAGGUGCCUGCAGUUUGCCACUGGUCUGUAUUUAGCCACAGAGGUGGCACAGAGUGCAGUUUAUUUAGGGCAUUUUAAUCAGUGUGAGCUGCAAGCGCCUGGGCGGGUGAGAGGUGCUUCAGUGUAGGCUGAAGUGCCAGUCCCAGCACAGGAUUUCUGAAACCAGGAAUCUAAGCACACACAUCUGCCAGUGGCCUAGCUGGACAUGGUUUGGCCAUCAUCCUCCUCAGAGGUUAUCUUAUUUUCCUCUCUGCCAGAGUUUGGAACAUCAUCCCUUUGCCAGCCCAUAUGUGCUGCAUUUGGCCUUCAAGUACAUUCCUUCUGGGCUGCUGCUCCAGCUUUUGAUGAAGCAGCCUUGGCUGUGGUGUGUGUUUGUAUCUGGUUGGGAAGGUAUCCAAAGGCCUUCUUAGGAAGCCGGCAAGAGAGCAUCAGGAGCUGGUGUGCUCAGUUCUACACUGCUCUGUUGAAGACUAGUGAGCUGUUCACAUCCAGGACCAGCUAUAAAUACUGUGUCUUGUUUUUGGUAAGUCACUUAUCUGGAGCACUUGGAGUGCACGGGAAGCACUUGUUUCCCUGAGUGUGCUUUUCACCAGCUGAUAGGAGCAGGCAGGCUGAGAGCCGACACAGGCCUGCCACAUUCUUGUUGGAAUGCUGCUGGAGUCUGGCUCCUGUGCUGCAGAGCCUUCUCAGAGCAGAUUUCACCAUCCCUGCCAGUAUUUUUGCCUUGGGUGACAUUCUGACCCCAGCUUCACAGGUGCACUUUGGGAAUGAGUUUUCCCUGCGACUCUCUUGCUGGGAAUAAAAGCUGUCCUGAACACCACCAAA